UUAGAUUAGUUUAUAUCAGUAAGACAUUCAAUGGAUAUUGUGAUGUCGACAUUAAAAAAUAUCCUAAAAUACAAACAUCACAUCUCGCCUGCAAAUAUAGUCAUUUAGAAAUAAUUAUUUUUUUUAUGAGUGCUUGUUUAUGUUUCUUUGCUGCAUUUGCUUUUUCUUAAAUGGUAAGUUCUAAACUUUAUUCAUUCAUUUAUAUAUAUAUUGCCACAUAAAUGUCGGUACUGUAAAUCCUUCCUUCCUUCCUUUAUUUAUUCAUUCAUAUGUGUCCUGCAGUGACCCAUUAAGUUGUUUUUACUGUCCGUUAGCAUACAUGCAUCAGAAGCCGAAAAAGAAGAAAGCUGAGUCUAUUCCCGCAGAGAGCAAUGGGACAGAUACUAAAUCCAAAAAAAGCAAGAGUAAGAAAAAUGGAGACCUGUCAACAGAUAGCAGCCCUGCCACUCAAAAAAAUGGUGAAAAAGUGAAGAAAAAGAAAACUGAAAAGGAAAGAGAAAAUGAAUCCCCACAGAAGGAAAAGGCUGAGCCCAAAAAGAAAGCCAAAAGUGCCCCGAAGAAGAAGAAAAGUUCGACUGAUGAUGAAGGUAAUAGUGAUGAUGAAGAAGUGGCAGCACCCCAGAAGAAAACAAAAUCAAAGUCUUCGAAGGACGGUUCUGAUGGCAAAGAAAAAGACAAGGACAAGAAAUCUAAACCUAAAGAGGAAAAAGAAGACAAAGACAAUAAAGGAAAGUCUAAGACCAAAAAGAAGGAGCCGGCCUCUAUGUUCCAGAUAAAUGGAGACAAACCUACCACUAAGGGUAGAAAGAAAGCUGCCAAAUCAGACAGUGAAGAGGUGAGUGAGCCAGAAAGCAAAACAAGCAAGAGCAAGAAAAAGAGCAGUUCGAACCCAGGCUCCAUGUUCCAGGCCGAUGGAGAAAAGGAUAAAGACAAGGCCAGGGACAAAAAGUCUAAAAAGUCCAAAAGUCUGGCAAAAGCAGAAGAGAGUGAUGAAUCAGAGUCUGAGGUGACACACAAGAAGAAAAAGGGAAAAGGAAAAAAGGGGAAAAAGGAGGAACGAGCCCCUUCCCCAGUUAUUGAGUUUGAUGACCUGGAAGAGUUUGUGGUUCAGCCGGCAGAACAGGGCAUCACAGUGAAAUGUAAAGUGACCCGGGACAAAAGAGGAAUGGACCGGGGUCUUUAUCCCACUUACUACCUUCAUCUAGACAAUGAAAAGAAGGUCUUUUUGCUGGCUGGGCGGAAACGCAAAAAGAGCACAACCUCCAACUACUUGAUCUCAAUUGACCCCACUGACCUUUCAAGGGGGGGUGAAAACUACAUAGGGAAAUUAAGGUCCAAUCUGAUGGGCACUAAAUUCACAGUAUUUGAUAAUGCACUUCAUCCUGACCGAGCACUUCCUGAUAUGUCAAAUGCAAGACAGGAACUAGCAGCCAUUAUUUAUGAGACCAAUGUGCUGGGAAUGAAGGGUCCAAGACGAAUGACUGUCAUUAUCCCUGGCAUGGACAAAGAUGGAGAGCGAGUACCCUUUCGCCCACGCAGUGAAAAUGACGGCCUCCUGAUUCGACACCAAAACAGGAAAAUGGAGAAUCUGAUAGAGCUUCGCAACAAGACGCCUGUGUGGAACGAGGAGACGUCGUCUCAUGUGCUCAACUUUAACGGCAGAGUCACACAAGCCUCUGUCAAAAACUUCCAGAUUGUUCACAGCAAAGACCAGGACUACAUAGUGAUGCAGUUUGGGAGAGUUGCAGAUGAUGCCUUCACCCUGGACUAUAACUAUCCUCUGUGUGCAGUGCAAGCUUUUGCUAUUGCCCUCUCUAGCUUUGAUGGUAAAAUCGCCUGUGAGUGACAGCUUCAACCCACAGAAACAUACUCUUCACCACUCUGCUUCUAUAUGUCUCCGAAAGGACUGAAAACCAUCAGUCCAGGAACUAUAUGAGAAUAAUGAUGAAAAGUCUGCAUUUCUUACCUGCUAUGCUCAAAUAAUUAAGUCUAGGGAAAUCUUAGGUGGCACACUUUCUAAAGGUUGUUUUCAAGAGAUUUUGACAGGAAGGAAAGUGCAGGGGUUUUUCUGUUAAAUGUGAAAGAUAUGAGACCCAGGUCAGAAUAAUAAGACACAGGUCAUUUAAUAUGUUUUAAUGGGAUAUUUCUGAGAGUAGGAAUGUGUGAAGAAGUAUGAUAUGAGUCUUUGGAUGUAUCAGGAAACUGCAUGCUAUAGAUAGUUAUUUUAAUAAUGCACAUUUCUAAAGUAUAACUUAGUCAUAUUAGAGAAUUGAGAAUUAAUGUUUGCCUUUUCAAGUCUUGAGUGUUGAUUUAAUUGAAAUAUGAUUGAUUUAAUUUCAUCUUGUCAAAUUGUCAAUUUUGAUAUUAUGUGCAUUAUCUGUGUUUGUUGUCUUUGUUUUUCUUUUUGCACAUCCUCCAAUAGAUCUCAUUAUAUCCAUAAAUAUUUUCCAUAUUGUAGGACUGAACUUGUUUUUGUGUGUUGAUGGCCUUUUUAAUGUUUUACUAUAUCAUCAUUGGUUUAUGGUCAUUUGUAUGAGAUUUAGAACAUUAAUGAGACAUCAUAUUCCAUAAAAUAUUUCUCUGUGAAGCUUA